UGGGACUUUUGAUGUUGACUUCAAAGUCCAACAACUGCAGACACCAGGUCGACUUUUCCAUCACACCCAUACUUUGACCACAACCUUGUCCCGGGCUCUUUCUGCACGAUGCCUCACGCGGCUCCCUCUCGUGUUGCCCCAGUCGCGACCUCCGACCUCGAAGCCGGCGCAACGCUCAAACUAGGCGAAUUUCAAGACGAAGCCACCCUGAACCUCUCCGAAGCGCGAAUUGUCCUACAAAAGACGCUGGCAACUCGAGCGGCCAGGGGCGGAGGUUACGAAGAGACAGAGACCACAGCCAAGACGCGCGACUACCUAGAAAUAUUCGCCGUUUUCAAAGAGCUGGCCGAAGCGCAGCAGGUAGAAGGGAUUAUCAGCUCCUCGGGCGAGAAUCUGGAGCGCUUCGAAAAAAGUCAGCUGGGUAGUCUGGUCCCGACAUGUGCGGAUGAAGCCAAGGCCUUGAUACCAAGUCUGGAGAAGAAGGUUGAAGAUGGCAUCGUGACGGAGGAAGCACUGGAGGGCAUUUGCAGUCAGCUGCAAAGACUGAAGAGGCAGGCUCAGCUGUGAGGCGUUGGUAUUCAGGAACUAGGGACAAGCAGCAUUGCUUUCUCUACACGACUUGAAGCCAUCGGCAAUACACGCUCCGCGAAAGUAUG